UGUCUGUUUAAUGAUAUUUUUGUUUGGUUUUAUCUUCAACGUGCGUCCUCAAUCCUCAUGCUCUCUGCAACUCCAUUACCAAAAUUAUGUUUCACCGCCUGAGAACAACCAUCUCCAUCUUCAUAACUCUCCGUUCUUGAAGACAAACCGAAGGGCAUUUUUUUCAUCUUCAUUCCCAACUAUGUUUCAACACUCUCUUCUAUCGUUCUGGUAAAUCUCCAUCUUUCUUAACAUAUACAUAAACGCAUGUCAGUAAAGACUUGGAUGUAUACGUACCCAUUGAUGAUAUCUCGUCUUUGUUUACUGAAUUUCUGAAAUGUUUCAGUGUUCUGAGACGCACUAAUGUGGGGGGAUAUUAUAGUAUUUCAGUGUUUCUUUCAUUCACUGUUCUGUUCUUGAACUUUGUGAAAAUUAAAAGCCUGGUUUCUUCCUGCAAAACAAGAUGUUCUCACCGGCAAUUUACUCGCUCAAAUCCACACUGUUUCUCUUUGGUACUCAACCAUCCAUACCAACACGACGCAGAGAGCACCUUGCCAAAUCAAGGAUUCACGGCCAAGACUUGCGCUGUUCCUCACUCAGUCACUCAUCUUUCUUGACCGAUUCCAGCAGUUCUGUUAAACUCGAGGCCCCAUUGGUUGAAAGCAACGGUCUUUGCUCAGAGACACUGUUACCCAGUCAAUUGAGAUACUUGUGUGAAGAAAAUGGUUCUUGUUCUGAUACUUUAGCAACUAAUCAGCUGACAGAGUCCUAUGUGCUCGGCUACUUACUUCAGUCUUGUUGUAAUGUAAAAGAACUUAGGAAGGUGCAUGGCAUGGCUGUGAAGUGUGCUAAAGAAUCAAAUUUUUAUGUUGACAACAAUCUGAUUAGCAUGUAUGUGAAACUUGGGUAUUUGGUGGAGGCCCAGAGGGUGUUUGAUAAUAUGCUGGAGAGAAAUGUUGUUUCUUGGACUGCUAUGAUCAAUGGGUAUAUGAGAUUUGGAUUGUACAAGGAAGCUAUGAGGUUGUUAGCAGAGUUUGUUCAUGAGGGCUUCCAAUGGAAUUCAAAGACCUUUGUGUGUGUGUUGAAUUUGAUUGCUAGAAGAUUUGAUUUUGAGCUAGGAAAGCAAGUACAUGCCUGUGUACUAAAGGGUGGUUUUAGGGGUUUGAUUUUAGAGAGUUCUAUUUUGCAUUUUUACUCGCAAUGUGGUGAUUUAGAGGGUGCUUUUCGAGUCUUUGAUAAGAUGCAAGAACGAGAUGUGGUUUCUUGGACGACUUUGAUAACUGCUUGUUCACAGCACGGGCAAGGAAAGAAGGCUCUUAUCAUGUUCACAAAAAUGGUUUCUGAUGGAUUUGAUGCAAAUGAGUUCACAGUCUGUAGUGUCCUCAAUGCCUGUGGGGAUGAGAAAGAGUUGAGAUUUGGGACUCAACUACUAGGGGCAAUAGUUAAAAGGAUAUAUAAGAUGGAUGUCUUUGUCAGGACAUCAAUUGUAGACAUGUUUGCGAAGUGUGGACAAAUUGCAAAUGCCAGGAAGAUAUUCGAUGGGACGAGGAAGAGGAACAUUGUAACGUGGACAUCUAUUAUUGCAGGAUAUGCUCGUAAUGGGCUUGCUGAAGAGGCCAUAAAUCUAUUUCGGAUAAUGACAAGGAGAAAGAUAUUUGCUAAUAAUUUGACCAUGGUUAGUGUUCUUUGGGCAUGUGGAAUACUUAGGGCUCUACAAACUGGAAAGGAAGUGCAUGCACGAAUUAUCAAGAAUUUUCUCCAGGGCAACAUUUAUAUCGGGAGUUCCCUGGUUUGGCUUUACUGUAAAUGCGGUGAAAACUCCAUGGCACAUAAGGUCCUCCAAGGCAUGCCUUUCAGAGACGUAGUUUCAUGGACAGCGAUGAUUUCUGGAUGUGCACGUCUAGGACACGAGCACGAGGCACUUGAAUACUUGAAGAAGAUGGUGGGUGAAGGUGUAGUACCGAACUCUUUUACCUAUUCAUCAGCCCUGAAAGCUUGCACGAAACUAGAAGACAUUGAUAGAGGGAAAUCGAUACACUCCUCCAUAAACAAGACACCUGCAAUUUCAAAUGUGUUUGUGGGAAGUGCACUGAUCAAUAUGUAUGCAAAAUGUGGCCAUCUUCCCGAAGCUAUUCAAGUGUUUGAUAGCAUGCCAGAGAGGAACUUGGUUUCUUGGAAAGCAAUGGUAGUUGCCUAUGCAAAACACGGGUUCUGUGGAGAGGCUUUGAAGCUCUUAUAUAGGAUGCAAGCUGAAGAUAUUGAAGUGGAUGAUUACAUCCUUUUAACAGUACUCACUGCAUGUGGAGAUUUUGAGGAGAGUGUGGAGUUGGCAACUGAUUGCCAUUUAGACAUGAACAAAUCCAGUCUAAAUUCUUUUUGAGCUACUGGAGGCUGUGGAAAAGCUUAAAACUCUUUCACAUGAAGCUAUGGUGAUCACAUAUGAUAAUGAAUCAAACAGUGGAGUCACUUGUCGCAGAUCAUCUAAGCUUAGGCAUCGUCAUGAUUUAUAGUCCGCCUGACAGCUGUUGAGUAUAUAAUGUAUAAACAUAAAUGUGUAAUCCGACUAUCAGCUUAGGAUUUUAGUUGAGAUGGAGCACAUGCUUCAGUUUGGUAUCAGAGCCAACCUCAUGCCAAUGGUCAUCUAUCAGCUAUUCAGCUUAGACUUUCAGUUGAGAUAGAACACGUGCUUCAAUUAAGGGCAAAAGCUGAGCUAGACAUACAAGUAACUUUCAUUUAUAAGCAAGAAUGUAUUUCAACUUUUACAACCACAACUUCCAAGUAUAAUCAGUACAUAUAUUAUGGUAAUGCAGAACAUAUGGUUUGACUA